AUGAGGGCAAUAGUUCAUGUCUUGGACGACAAUAGUGUGGAAAGUGAUCCUGUGCAUUGGAUUAAAAAUGAUCAAUGUGCCUGGCCCAAAAACAGUCACAACAUACAUAAAUUAAGAAUCAACUGCGUCAAAACAAAUCAAUUUGAAUAUCACUUUAUUUACAAUACCUAUAUAAAUCCUAUUUGUAAGCAGUGGACAGAAACUGUGAAUCUGUGUAGUGUACCUAUAUUCUAUACAGUUCUUAAUUUAACGUUUAAUUAUAUCUAUGACUUGUGUACAGAAACAUUAAUAGAAGCAGAAGAAAAAGUUCUUAUAGCUCAGUACACAUCAGAUAUAUCUGAUUAUGGUUCUUCAAAAAAACGCAAAUGCAACGAUGGUGCAGUUGAGACAAUAAGUUUAAUUCCUGAAACUCUUCCUUCUUUUAUGAGUAUUAAAAAGUCGAAAAUUAGUCCUGGUUAUAAUGCAAACACAUAAUUCAAGACAAAAGUCAAUAAUAAGAAAGCGAUGUCAAAGGUACAACCCCGCUGGAUACAACCAUCAUUGUCAGAUUCAGAUGACAAUCUGUCAUGUAAGCAUUUUACUAUAUUGUUGUACCUAUAACUAAAUCUAUAGUGUA